AUGCCCUAUGCUUCUUCAUGUCUGUCUCGUAUGAUUCUGAGAACGAGCUUAAUGAUCCUACAUCGUGAACGCGAUGUAGCCGGCCAGAUCCCGAUCAACUUCGUUACCAAUCCCGCCAUAUCACUGUCAUCUGCUUGCUUCGGAAAUGGCCUUUAUGAUCGAAAAGAUGCGGCCAAAUGUAUAUCGAAUCUCCUUGCAAUUGGUUAUCGACGGUUAGUCGUCGACAUCUACUGGUCGGUCGAACGCCGGACAUGGACUUUCUGCCCCGUCGAGAUCCCGGCCACGGCCGACGUGACGGUAUCUGCUUUCACCUCAACAACGACUGAGGCUGAGACUACCCUGACGAUGACAACAAUCGAAUCCAGUUCAACAACAGACGCAGCGGCGGCAACCGUCACUGGUUAUUACGAUUCCAACGGGGAUACCGUAUACGAACUAGGACCUUACAGGUGUACCGAUAACCUUGACUUGGACACAUUGUCGGAAGUACUGGUUGGAUACUUUCAGGACACGACAUCUCAACUACUUGUAUACACCACAUAUCUGGUCUUGAAUCUUCAUGUGGCCGGGAGCGAUUCAACGCCAACUGACCCUGCAAAAGCCGUAACAGGUGAUGACUUGCCUUCAUCGGAGACGGAACGAGCAGGCGGCUAUCUCAACUUGGCUUUACGAAACUAUCUCUACAGCCCUGCUCAGUUGGCCAAAGACCGAAGCAACUUAAAUGAAUCGUGGUACGAAGUUGACCAGAGCUAUAUGCCUAUCACCGAAUACUUUACCAUCCACCGAGACUCCUCUGGGAAACAGAGUACCCCAGAUGGAUGGCCAUCCUCGAAGUAUAUUCAGCUAGCAAAAUCAGAUCGUUUGUUGAUCGAGUACGGCUCGGUAGAUCCUCAGCUAUCGGACUACGAUCUGACCGAAGAUCAGGAUGCGAUAUUUCCUGCUGGUUAUAUCUCACACGGUCUAAAUACAUCUACUGCCACUAACGGCACUGUGACUACAGGCUGUCUGUACCAAGCUGGAGCGACAGCAGUCUCCCAGGCCAACUCAUCUUGGGCCUUCACCAAUCACAUUUCCGUCCGAAAUGAUCUCUCUACAGAACGCGCCAUGGGAUCAUUAGCCGACGAAAUCACCGGAAUAACAAGCUGCGGUAUGUCUCCCAUACUUAACAGUACUCUUUUCGGUCAUACGGCGGACGAUAAUGUCGACUACUACCGCAAUUUCUCUCUUUCCACCGGAUGGGCCUGGGCGAUUGGCGAACCUCAAGGUGCGAACUCCGGCGGUGGUACGGAAGACACGCCCAAAUUCAAUCGCUGCGCUGUCAUGGAUGUGUCCUUGGAAGGCCACUGGCGAGCCACCAACUGUUCCGAGAUACGACGCGGUGCCUGCCGUGUCGGCAACUCUCCUUUCUCGUGGACUCUGUCCAAUGCCAGCAUGGAUUACUCUGAUAUCUCAGACACCUGCCCCCCAGGAUCCAGCUUCGCUGUUCCCAGGACAGGUCUAGAGAAUACCUACCUCUAUACGUACUUGCUCACUCAGCCUCAAGACAUCAUUGAUUCUACUUCCACCAAUAUGACCGUCCGCGAGGUCUUUCUCGAUUUCAAUUCUAUCGAUGUGACCUCCUGUUGGGUCACUGGUGGCUCUACUGCUGAGUGUCCAUACUCCGCUAAUCCACAGCAAUUAGAGCGCAGGACAGUGCUUGUGGCAGCCAUCGCCGGGAUUGUCAUCCUUAUUAUUACGGCCUUGACUCUGUUCGUUAAAUGCAACGCCAACCGUCGGAACUCCCGUCGCCGUAAGCGCGUGAUCGAAGGCUGGGAAUAUGAAGGUGUACCUUCGUAA